GGAUUAACAAAGCUUCCAUUUUUAGCACUAAACGGAUUCAUAUUUUCACCCUUUGACACUGCCCACCGCUAGGCGUGAUUUGCAAUAUUCUCUGCCAGCUCUGCUAAUCUCUCUGUCUGUUUUCCCUUUGUGCCUGUCUCAGAGCAUGGCACUGACCUGGCUCCAGUCUUACCUGACCUGCACCAUCCCCAGCCCCGUCAGGCUUCAGCGCACUCCCAGUCUAGCGUGCUGAACAGAGCCGUGUGGAGAACCAUGCUGUCUGGUACUUGGCGUCGUUCUAUGGGGCCAUCUCAGCCGGCUACAGCACCCUUGGCAAACCCCAGUGGGAUGACAGUGUGCGGGGUCCCCAGUGGCACAGUGGUCCUCGAGGCGCAGUAUGACUACAACUACCGCGGGGCGGACGGACGGCAAGUUUGCAUAAGGGAGGGCGAGAGGUUUAUUCUUCUCAAGAAGACAAAUGCUGACUGGUGGCAGGUGCGGAGGAUUGGGGCAGCCAGUAAAACAAAGCCAUUGUAUGUGCCUGCUACAUAUGUGACAGAGGUACCCAUUACACCGAUGCCCUCGCCCCAGCGCCAAGUCAUGUCCGCCUCGAUGAACUCCAACAUUAGGAUACAGGCCCGCAUGUCACCCAUCUACUCAGAAACUAUCAGUAAUGAACAGCGCCAAGUAAAUAAGUCCAUGUACCACUCCAUGGAAAACCUCUGCUCCAACAGUGCCUUCCAGGGGUCUCACAAAAACACAAGCCUGGGUGGAGGACGUUUCCCUACCCUCCCCCUGUCUGGAUUUACUUUUACCCCCAACUCUACCGCCUCCCCAUCAGGUCACCUCCUGGUCCCCGGAUCUCCCGCGGCCUCCGCAACUCAAACAGCGCCGCAAUACACAAGGGUGGUCCCCAUGAUCACCCGCAGCCAGAGCUCCAGCAACCUGCCUGAAAACCUGAUGGAGAACCCGUACGACGAGGUGAGCAGUGGCCUCGGCAGUCGCAUCAACCACAGGAUCCCCAAGAAGUAUUCCAGCCAGGGAGACAUGGUGGGGGAUACGAGCAAGAAAAAACAUCUGCAGGUCCCAACAGAGACCUAUAUGCCCCAGUUGACCUGGCAGGACUCUCCUCUUUAUGCUGAAAUGCAAAUGGAGAAGCGUCAGUCACAACUGGAGCCACCUAGGCCUGCUCCAGGUCAGCAGCCUCUUCAGAUAAUGGAUCUGUGGGAGCAGUACUCUGACCCAGCUUCAGGUCGAUGCUAUUAUGUCAACAGAAUUACCAGAGAGAGGUCCUGGAAACCCCCCCGCCGAGCUCGCCCUCAUAGCGCCUACAAGGCCAGCCCGAUGCAACCUCAGACAUUACCCCGGGACACCAGUCAUCUGUCACUGCCACUCACUGAGACUGGCAAUGGAACUAUGCACAAGCUAUCAAAUGAUUUUGUCUACGGGAGCCACCAGCCGAAUGCUGACAGCAGCUGGCAGAUGAAACAGAGCAUGCAGCGUGCCGCCUCCUCAGACACCUUGAGCACGAUGACGUUCAGUAAAACCGAAGCCCAGUGCCAUAACUCUGUGUCCCUGCAUGAUGCCAGGCAGCAGCUCAGCCAUUCACAGUCUAUGUUCCUCCCUGAGAACGGCAAGUGCAAAGAUUACACCAGCAACAUCACCAACAUUGUUGUGGAGCCUCCAUCCCCUGAGAGCUCUCCGGACAGCGAUGGCUGCACACCGGAGCUGGAGAAAGCCGGCCUACUGAACAAGACAAAGAUUGCAGAAGGAGGGAAAAAACUGAGGAAGAACUGGAGUCCUUCCUGGGUGGUGUUAGUUGGCAACAGUUUGGUUUUUUUCAAGGAUCCUAAAUCACAGACACCUUCCAGCUGGAGACCGGGAAACAGUCGUCCGGAAAGCAGUGUGGAUUUGAGAGGGGCGCAGGUGCUCUGGGCCAAUGAGCUGUCCAGCAAGAAGAACGUCUUCAAGCUGCGAACAGUGACCGGCAACGAGUUCCUGCUGCAGUCAGAGACAGAGUCUCUGAUCAAAGAGUGGUACAACACCAUCAAAAAUGUCAUUGACAGACUGGACCGUGAAAAUCCAUUAGACAAUGUCCUUCUGUAUUCUCUGAGGAGAGCGGGCAGCGUGGAAAUGCUGGACCACAGCGGCGACGAGGAAGAGAGAAGAACAUCUCUCCCUCGCUCGUCGUCCAACCUGGAAAACACAGAGCGGAAAAGAGUGAAGACCCGGCUCAAGAAGCUGAUUUUGAAGAGACCUCCUCUGCAGGCCCUGCAGGAGAAAGGCCUCAUUAAAGAUCAGGUGUUUGGCUGUUCGCUGGAGAUGCUGUGUGAGAGAGAGAGGAGCACCGUCCCUCGCUUCGUUAGACUUUGCACGGAGGCCGUGGAGAGGAGAGGACUGGAUACUGACGGCAUCUACAGAGUGUCGGGGAACCUUGCUGUGAUCCAGAAACUACGCUUUCUCGUCAACCACGAACGAGCGGUGACCACUGACGGCCGGUACAUGUUCCCAGCGGAGCUGGUCCAAGAGGAGAAGCUGAAUUUGGACGAGACGGAGUGGGAGGACAUUCAUGUCAUCACGGGAGCUUUGAAACUUUUCUUUCGUGAGCUUCCAGAGCCCCUGGUGCCCUACGGCUUCUUCACUGACAUUGUGGAGACAGUCAAGAUGUCGGAUCACAUGGAAAAAGUGGAUCGCCUGAAGUGUCUGGUGCUCAACAUGCCUCCUCCAAACCACGACACAUUGCAGUUCAUGUGCCGGCAUCUCAGACGAGUCCUGGAACAUGCAACCACCAACAGAAUGACCUCCCAGAACAUCGGUAUUGUGUUUGGGCCGACACUGAUGCGCCCAGAGCGGGAUAACGGCAACAUGGCGGUGAACAUGGUUUACCAGAAUCAGGCGGUAGAGCUCAUCCUCAGCGAGUAUGACCACAUCUUCAGAACAAGAGGCCUCUCUUGAUCUUCACAGUCAUGAGGAGAGGGAGGUGGCAGCUUUUUAUACUCCUGCAGAUCAGACAAAAGCAUAAGCAUUGCAGCAAUGCCUCUCGACUCGUAUGGGAUAAAAUGGAUUUCACAUCAAAAGAUAAUUAUGGGGUAAAAAGAACCAGGACAGAAAGCUGCUAAUCACGACAUCUGGCCUCCAUAUAAACCCGUGUUAAAACAAUAAUAGAAAAACAUGCCCGUUUUAGCUGCAGUACUUGAGCCUUUGAGCACAGAUGUGGAGCUCAUUGCAGAUAGCUCUCUGUCAGCUCGCAACGUUUCAGAUUUGAUCAGGAUGAACAAAAAGCCAUAAAACUUGAUAAAUAUCCUGCACAGUAAUUGGACAUGGAAAGUGAGGAGGGAUGAGCCCUGAAGUAGCACUGAAACUAAACUUAUCAGAACCACAUCACUGUGAAAACACAAACACCAGCAUGUCUGGCAAGACGGACCACAGAUCCCACCUGCAGCGUUAAGUGUGAAAAACGGGGAGCAGGAAGAGGCAGGCUGGUCAAGUAAGGCUUCACGCAUCUGCACUGACAUUAUAUAGAGUCAAAAUAGAGAGUUUAGGGGCAUAUUCGAGAGAACUCUCCAAAGAUAUGAUCUCAGUGAUGGGGUGAAUGUGCCAACAGGGCAGCAACAGUUCUUUUUAGUACUUUGUUGAGUGUGGACCCUCACAGCUUUCCUUGUUGUACAAAUUUCAUUCUAUUUUUAUUAGCGCAAAGUCCUUGUAUUAAAUUAAAGUGAUUAAGUUGUAAAUAUGUGAGAUACUUAGUAGCACAUUGCACACAGCUUGCAACGUAAAUAUUCGCUGUUGUUAGACAAAUUCCAACCGAUGCAUUUGCUUCGAGAUGAAGAGUGUGUUGUUAAAAUGUGACUCUGGCCUGAUUGUAAACUCUCCUCCAAUAAAAACAUGUGAACAAACCU